CGAAGUCAACGAGAGGCGCUCGUGUUGUGCUGACAGUAGCGACGGGAGGAUAACGAGCGUCUCGUAGUUUUUGUAUUUUUAACACACUAACCACUGAAAAAAGGAAAUUUGCGGCGUUUUGUUCUCGUCAAGAAGCCCCCAAUUAAAGUGUCCUUCGGCUUCUUGUCUUAACAUUGGUUGCUUGAAGACUUCCUGCUGGCGAAUUGCAUCAGUUGGCCCGGAGGGUCCUCGUCACCCUCUGCUCCCUUCACGUCAGCGCUUUAAAAAAUGACCGGAGAGAAGAUCCGAUCCCUGCGGAAGGAUCACAGACCUAGUAAGGACGAUGACUUGUUGGAACCCGGCGAAGAGGCAGCUAUCGGGACGUUUACCACAUCCAAGACGAAUAACAAGAGCAGGGCGAGUCGACUCUUCAGCAACCACAAGUUGGUCAAGUCAGCCUCCACGCAGCAGCAACAGCAGAAGCAGAACCAGCAUGUCAAUGCCAACAGUACGCUGUCAUUAGCCGAUGUCGUCGACGACAACAACAAAAACCCCAUUAUCCGAAGUGGACAAGACUUUCCGGUCCACGAAUGUGUGUUCAAAGGAGAUGUGCGGCGCCUCUCUUCGCUUAUACGGACUCAAAACAUAUCUCAGAAAGAUAUGCAUGGAAACACACCAUUGCAUCUGGCUGUCAUGUUGGGGCACAAAGAGUGUGCCCAUCUGUUGCUGGCCCACAAUGCACCAGUGAAGGUGAAGAAUGCUCAGGGAUGGAGCCCCCUUGCAGAGGCUAUUAGCUACGGAGAUAGACAGAUGAUAACGGCGCUGCUGAGGAAGCUGAAGCAACAGUCCAGGGAGAGUGUCGAGGACAAAAGGCCAACGUUGUUGAAUGCACUGAAAGAGCUUGGAGACUUUUACCAGGUACUUCAAUGGGAUUUCCAAAGUUGGGUGCCUCUGCUCUCCAGAAUUCUACCGUCGGAUGCCUGUAAAAUCUACAAACAGGGACUCAACAUCAGACUGGACACCACCCUGAUCGACUUCUCGGAUAUGAAGUGUCAACGCGGUGAUCUGAGUUUCAUCUUCAACGGCAACGCAAUCCCUUCGGAGUCCUUUGUGGUGUUGGACAACGAGCAGAAAGUAUACCAGCGCAUACACCAUGAGGAGUCAGAGAUGGAGACGGAGGAGGAAGUGGACAUUCUGAUGAGCAGUGACGUGUACUCGGCCACGCUCUCCACAAAGUCCAUCACGUUCUCCAGAGCACAAACCGGCUGGCUCUUCAGAGAAGACAAGACGGAGCGUGUCGGAAACUUUUUGGCGGAUUUCUACUCUGUGAACGGCCUGGUGCUGGAGUCCAGGAAGAGGCGGGAGCAUCUGAGCGAGGAGGACAUCUUAAGGAACAAAGCCAUCAUGGAGAGUCUGAGCAAAGGAGGGAACCUCAUUGAUCAAAACUUUGAGCCUGUGAGGAGACCAUCUCUAACCCCGCCUUCACCCAACACCACAUCCUGGGAAGAGUACAUCACUGCUGACAAUGGAAAAGCUCCUCACCUGGGCAGAGAGCAACUCUGCAAGGAGAGCAAGAAACACUUCAAGGCCACCAUAGCCAUGAGUCAAGACUUCCCCCUGAGCAUCGAUUCGUUAUUGAAUGUUCUGGAGGUGAUCGCACCCUUUAAGCAUUUUAAUAAACUCAGGGAGUUUGUGCAGUUGAAGCUCCCUCCUGGCUUUCCUGUCAAACUCGACAUCCCCGUUUUUCCUACCAUCACAGCCACCGUGACUUUUCAGGAGUUUCGCUACGACAGCUUUGAUGAAACCAUUUUUACCAUCCCUAGCGAGUACAAAGAAGACCCCAGCCGCUUCCCUGACCUUUAACCCACUCUGGCGGUGGGGUCGAUGUUUAUGAAGGCAACAUCACGCUGCAAAAAUAUCCAACUCCUCCCCCACAACCUUACGGUUCCUACCUGCUAAAUGCUAAAUGAACGUCUCUCCACAGCCACCUGAAGAAAAAAAAAAAAACAUGAUGCCUAGUACAGUAUGUAAAGCUAUGUUUCCACCACGUGGGACAGAAGGGAUCACUUGAUAGUGGCAUUGGGACACAACAUUAACUUUUACAAGUGUACUGUAUUUAACAGUAUCUUCUUCCUGGCAAUUGGAAAGCAAGCUUUGUUAAUUGGGGGAACAAAUCACAAUUUAUGUCACCCAAUCACCAAAUUGCACUGUAUUUAGCUCCCAUCUUUUCACAGCCAUAACACUGUGGAAGGGUGUGCCAAAAAUGUGGCACAGCGCCAGCCCCCCACCCCUUUUUCUUUUUUUUUUAAAUACCCUUCCGAUCUUUGACAGUGAAUACGCAAGCCAAAUGAUGGAAACAGGAGUUGCGUGUGAUUUUCACAAGAGACAAGUGUUUGUGGUUCUGGCCUCCUAACACGCAGCAAUCGUAUGAUGCAAAGGUGUGGAUACACUUUUCUUUUGUCAUGUGUUAACACAGUUAGGCAUUUCCUCAGAUGCAUUCACACUAAUUAAAAAUAAAAGGUACUGUACAGGGUGUUGCCCCAAAGAUGAGACAUUUCAUAGGCGAAUAGUAUAAGUCAAUUCUUACUGAAGCGCACCUGCGACACUCAUGAGGGUAGAUGGUUAAGAAGAUGGAUGGAUGAUUUCAUUUUUUUUACAAAGUAUCUAAAAAUGAACCAAGUAUAAUUUUCAACUUCAUUUUCAAGUUUGUUAGUGUUUGUUUGACAUUUGCUGUUUUUCAGGGCAACUAAUGCCACUACUCACUAUCUCAAAACAAGAGUGUCGUGUGUAUUCCUGUUUAAAGUAAAACAUUCACCAGCUUGAAUGGAAAUUUGGACAAAACACAAGAAAAUUAAUUCUAAGAGGCAAAAAUUCAACUUGUCUCAAGCGGUGCACAUAUUGAACAUUUGAAAAACGGUGAAAUUGAUGAUAUAAUCUCGAGUAAAGUAUUAUCCCUUCAAAUACUGUAUGUUAGAAUUUUGAGAAAUGUUUAAUUCUCAUGAUGAAGCCUCUGUAAUUUUGUUUGCCUGAGCCUGAGUGACUCAGUUAUUUGUAUUUCAAAUUAUAUCAAUUUGAGGGGAAAACACCUUGUACUUGUACAUUGUUUUUUUUUAGCACUCUGUUUUUCUAGAAUUUACUAAAUCUUUUGGCACAUGUAACUUCUGAGCUAUUUGCUUUCCUUCUUAAAUGCACAAUUCUCAAGCUUAAAAGGUGGCGUGUGAAAUGUUCUGAAGCAGAGGCAGUGCUAUAAAUGCUGCAGUUUUUUUUUAUGGUACCAUGUAGUUUGUUUCUUAUGUCACCUUUAUCUGCGCCAAAACUAGUUUGUAUAAUGAGUAGCUGUUGUGAGGAACGAAGAAUUGUUAUUUUUGUUGGCUUUCAUUUUACACAAACGAAAGCCUUCUGCACAAUCUGUUCAUGUUCUUGAGAGUCACAGUUUCUUCCUUUUGGUGUUUGUCCUCUUGUAUUCAACUCAAGAGUUGUGCGGGGGGAUAUGGGGGUUCCCAUUUUGUCACCUGACUUGAUCCAACAUACUGGAUUGUAAUAUGGUGGAAGUUGCUAUUUUUGUAUAUAGAUGUUUUUAAAGAAAAAAAAAUCUCUUAAUUCUCUUGUUUGUUCUUUUGAGAAGUAAAUCAAACCACACGCACACU